AUGUCUUACUGUAAUGAUCAAGAAAAUGUGUUUAAUGGAAUCAACAAUGUUCAUAUUAAGUCUCCUGUUAAAAAAGUUCUUAAUUCCCGAGAUGAAAAUAUUCAAUUAGAAAAAAUGGAAGUUGAGAAAGACAGCAAAACGCCGGCUUUUGACCCACAAUUAGAACCCCUGCUGAGAGAAAACCCACGUCGUUUCGUUAUAUUCCCCAUCCAAUAUCCUGAUAUAUGGCAAAUGUACAAGAAGGCAGAGGCUUCCUUCUGGACUGUUGAAGAAGUUGACUUAUCUAAGGAUUUAAGUGACUGGGAAAGUUUGAAAGACUGUGAAAGACACUUCAUUAAGCAUGUAUUGGCGUUUUUUGCGGCAUCAGAUGGUAUAGUAAAUGAGAAUCUCGUUGAACGCUUCUCCCAGGAAGUUCAGGUGACCGAGGCAAGAUGCUUCUAUGGUUUCCAAAUUGCUAUGGAAAAUGUUCACUCUGAAAUGUAUUCACUUCUGAUUGAUACAUAUAUUAGGGACCCUAAAGAAAGGGAUUUCCUGUUCAAUGCCAUUGAGACUUUACCGUGUGUAAAGAAGAAGGCUGAUUGGGCUCUACAGUGGAUUGCCAGCAAGACGGCCACUUUUGGUGAGCGCAUUGUCGCAUUCGCUGCUGUUGAAGGGAUUUUCUUCUCUGGAAGCUUUGCUUCUAUCUUUUGGAUGAAGAAAAGAGGUCUCAUGCCCGGUUUGACUUUCAGUAAUGAACUCAUUUCUAGAGAUGAGGGUCUCCAUACAGAUUUCGCAUGUCUUAUGUUCAAACACUUAGUGCAGAAGCCGAGCAAAGAUUGUGUGUUAAAGAUUAUUAAGGAUGCUGUAGUUAUUGAACAGGAAUUCCUCACGGAUGCACUCCCAGUGAGACUCCUCGGUAUGAACUGUGAGCUGAUGUCCGAUUAUAUUGAAUUCGUUGCCGACCGUCUUCUCAUAGAAUUGAUUGGAGAGAAGCACUACAACACAAAGAAUCCGUUUGACUUCAUGAAUUUAAUUUCAUUAGAAGGUAAGACUAACUUCUUUGAGAAGAAGGUCGGAGAGUACCAAAAAUGGGGAGUGAUGGCCAAUCCUGAUGACAACGUGUUCACUUUAGAUGCUGAGUUUUAG